AUGAAGACCUCUACCAUUACCAGCGCUCUGGCACUUGCCGCUACCGUCGUUGCUGCCCCCAACUACAGCACGUAUGGUAAAGGCGGUAAUGGUAAUGGCAAGGCCACAUGCGCCUGUCCGCCCAACGCAGCCCAGCCCGACGGUACUCUUGGCAAGACAUAUGUGAACACCGACUUGCUCGUUCCCAUCUCCAAGAACUUGCCCAACGUUGCGUUCCCCGCAACCAAGACGGCAGUGGUUACCCCGAACGAUAUCUGCACCGUUUUCAACCUCAACUUGCCCGUGGCGCAGACCCAAGGCAAGAUCUGCAACCUGGUCUUCGACUUCCCCGCGCAAGACCAAGCUCUUGGAAAGUUUCUCUUCUACGGGCCGGGAACUUUCCAAUUCACUGGCUACGCCAUCGGGGCUGGUGCCGUUGCUGGCAAGACAACGUACAAGAACCAGCCCGCUCCCGGCCCGAGCCCGCCGAACCCUCCCCCGAUCAUGAAGCCGGGCAACAGCUAUAUCGUCAACAGCGCCCCUUGUGGUAUUCCAGCUGAGAUUCCUGGCACCGUCACCGUGUCUGGCAGUCUUUGCUCGCCUGACACUGUCUUCACUUUCAACCAGGGAACUGAUGGUUGCCCGCUUGGAUUCUUCGUCGUCUUGUCUGACGCCUGA